AUGGCUGCACUCCCCAUUGCGACUGCACACGACCUGCCCGUCGACGCUGCCUUCACCAAGGGCCUGCCCAAGAUUGAGGUACUGCUCCAGCCUCCCUGGUCCCUAGUCAUCGCGCCAAGGACGCUCAGACUUCCGUUCGCUGCUGCUAAUGACGCGACUCAGCUUCAUGCCCACUUGACCGGCAGCAUCAGUCGCGACUGUCUGCACGCCAUAUGGGAGACAAAGAAAGCACGGCAGCCUGAUUUCGACCUCGAGGAUCCCUGGGUCGCUAUACCCACGGGCAAGGUCGACUACGAUAUCAAAACGUACUCCACCAGGGCUGUGUUGCAAGACUUCCAGGAUGACGGGGUAGUAUAUGCUGAGCUUCGAACAACUCCAAGAGCGAUUCUUGGAGAGGGCGUAACCAAGGAUGAUUACGUGAAGACCGUUUUGGACAUACUCCAUGCCCAUAACGACGAUGCUAACAGCACCAUGCGAGCUUUCCUCAUACUAUCAAUUGAUCGUCGCAACAACAUCGCAGAUGCAGAAGAAGUCGUCGAUCUCGCCAUCAAAUAUCAGUCCGCUGGCGUUGUCGGUGUCGACCUCUGCGGCGACCCAGCGAAAGGUGACAUUCGCAUAUUCGGCGACAGCUUCGCUCGGGCAAAGGCUGCCGGACUGAAGAUCACGCUGCACUUUGCCGAGAGCGAAAAUUCUUCCUCGGAUUUGGAGUUGCAAACACUCUUGUCAUGGCAACCUGACAGACUGGGUCAUGUCAUACAUGUCAAAGAUGGGUUCAAAGAGACCAUUGAGCAGCACGGAAUCGGCGUUGAGCUGUGCCUCAGCUGUAACGUCCACGCUAAGAUGAUCACGGGCACUUACUCGGACCACCACUUUGGUGUACGGAUGAUGUAG